UGUAUCCGGCCUGCGCUUCUGGUAGGUCUUGUACUGAUUGUAUAGUUGUCAAAUAAUUCCCGGAUAAGAUUUGUCAGCGAGUAGAACUUCUGUUGUACGCCGCAUUUUUUCUGUUAGCGGAAACUAAAGAGUGACCUUACGUGACAGUCCAUAAAUUGGAUUAGCGCUAAGUAAAGCCACCAGUCAGUGAUAGUUUAGCAAACUUGCUAGCUAGCUAAACGGACUGUUGGGAGUGAAGACUACAAAAUACACGUAUGGACAUCUCUGAUUUUGACAGACUGAUAUAACUUGCACGUUGGAGUUGACCAGCAUUAGCUUUAGCUUUCCGGGCAAUUCAAGACACGAAUAGUAAUGUAGACAAUUCCGCGUGUGUCAUCCUUUACCAUUUCAGGGUGUGUGCUAAUGUUGCAUACGCUACAAGGUUAACGUCUUUUUGUAGCAGGUCGCAUAGAAGUCAUUAGGGUUAACGUCAUGGAUAGCUAUAGUCAGCGAUUUGAAUCCACAACCGGACGGGACGGUAAAUGUCAAAAGAAGAAGGGCUCUUCCCACCACAGCGCUUCAUACUACGAUGAAGGAGAACGCAAACCAAAGUUUCAUUUACCCUUUAGAAACAUCACAGAUGAUGUGCUGGACAGAUUCGCCAGUAUUCGGAUUCCGGGGAGCAAAAAGGAACGACCACCCAUAUCCAAUUCUAAACACAACACUAAUGACUGGUCCAUUUCUUCAUCAUCCACCUCACAUCAGUUUGAGGAGCUUUCAUCAAAGAUCACCUCAGAAAAGGAGAUCUUGGCUUUGUUUGAAAAGAUGAUGGAGGACAUGAACUUAAGUGAGGAAAAAAAGACUCCUUUGAGAGACAAGGACCUCAACAUGAAGAGAGAAAUGGUCAUCCAGUAUAUUUUUACUGCCUCUAAAACUGGUAGCUUGAGAAGUAGCCAUCAAAUAUCUCCCCAGGAAUUCCUGGGAGAGCUGAAGUCAGGGGUGAUGGACGAACGCCUGUUUGCCUGUCUGGACUCAUUGCGAGUGUCCCUUACCAGCAACCCUGUCAGUUGGGUGCAGAGCUUCGGUCAUGAGGGUCUUGGACUGCUGCUGGACACUUUGGAAAGGUUGCUGCUUAAGAAACGGCAAGAGCAGAUUGACAAAAAGAACCAACAUAAAGUUGUCCAGUGUCUCAAAGCCUUCAUGAACAAUAAGUAUGGCUUGGAUCGAAUCCUGGGGGAAGAGAAAAGUCUUUCACUACUCGCAAGAGCCAUUGAUCCCACCCAGUCUGCCAUGAUGACUGACGUGGUGAAGCUCCUGUCAGCCAUCUGCAUUGUGGGCGAAGAGAACACUUUGGAAAAGGUCCUUGAAGCCAUCACCACAGCAGGGGAAUGGCGAGCCAUUGAGAGGUUCAGUCCCAUUGUGCAGGGACUGCGAGAUCGCUCAGUUCAAUUACAAGUGGCAUGCAUGCAGCUCAUCAAUGCACUGGUAACAUCUCCUGAUGAGCUGGACUUCAGGCUGCACAUCAGAAAUGAAUUUAUGCGCUGUGGCCUGAAAGAGAUAUUGCCGCAAUUGAGAACCAUCAGGAAUGAAGCCCUUGACAUUCAGCUAAAAGUAUUUGAAGAGCACAAAGAAGAAGACAUGAUAGAGUUCUCUCAUAGGCUUGAAGACAUUAAGAGCGAGCUGGACGAUGCGGGGGAUGUGUUCAGUAUUGUGCAGAGCAUGGUGAAGGACAGCAGUGCAGAGCUCUACUUCCUCUCUAUACUGCAGCACCUGAUGCUUAUCCGCAAUGACUACUUGGUCAGGCCCCAGUACUUUAAGAUCAUUGAUGAGUGUGUAUCUCAAAUUGUGCUCCACCGAAGUGGCACUGACCCAGACUUCAGUUACCGCAAGCGCCUAGAUGUGGACUUCAGCCACCUCUUGGAGGUGUGCGUAGAUAAAGCUCGAAUUGAUGAGUAUGAACAAAGAGCUUCAGAACUGGCACUAAAGUUUGACGAGGAGUUUCUCGGCAGGCAGGAGGCACAAGCUCAGCUGGUUAAGUAUGAAGAAAAAAUAGCCGAACUCCAAGCAGAACUGCAGGCCUUCAGGUCCAAGUUUGGAGUUGUACCUGUGGGUCUCUCCUCUUCCCAUGUUGGACAGGCAUUCCCAUCUGGGCCUCCACCCACUGCUCCAGCGCCUGGGGUACCAGCUCCCCCUCCUCCACCUCCUCCGCCUCCGUUACCUGGCUGUCCUGCCCCACCUCCUCCACCUGGAGUGCCUCCUCCAUUUGGUGCCCCCCCUCCACCCCCUCUAGGACUUGGGGGUGCUCUAGGCUCCCCUACACAACAUACACUGCCUUAUGGCCUCAGGCCCAAGAAAGACUUUAAGCCUGAGACCUCCAUGAAGCGCCUCAACUGGUCCAAGAUUCGUCCCCAGGAAAUGUCAGAGGGCUGUUUCUGGGUGCUGGCUGAUGAGGACCAAUACUCAAAACCAGAAUUACUCAGCAGAGUUGCUCUCACUUUUUGUUCACAACGAACAGAAACCAAAGCCAAAAAAGAAGAGGAUGAUCUAGAGGAUAAAAAAUCCAUAAAGAAGAGAAUUAAAGAGCUCAAGGUGCUUGAUCCCAAGAUUGCACAGAAUCUAUCCAUUUUCCUGGGUUCCUUCCGUAUGCCUUAUCAGGAAAUUCGUCGGAUGAUAGUGGAGGUGGAUGAGGAGCAACUCACUGAACCUAUGAUCCAGAACCUAGUGAAGCACCUACCAGAGCAGGAGCAGCUGAACGCCUUGGCCAAGUAUAAAAAUGAGUACCCAAAUUUGUCAGAGCCUGAGCAGUUUGGGGUUGUGAUGAGCAGCGUGAAGCGCCUGGGUCCUCGCCUCAACCACAUCCUCUUCCGACUGCAGUUUGAGGAGCAGGUAAACAACCUGCGUCCAGAUAUCCUGGCUGUAAACGCUGCCUGUGAUGAGGUCAGGAAGAGCCGCUCCUUUGGCCGCUUGCUGGAGCUGGUGCUGCUGCUGGGGAAUUACAUGAAUGCAGGCUCUCGAAAUGCCCAGUCAUAUGGCUUUGACCUCAGUUCUCUCUGCAAGCUAAAGGACACUAAGUCAGCAGACCAAAAGACCACAUUACUCCACUUCCUGGCACAAAUAUGUGAGGAGGAAUUUCCAAAUGUGAUCAAGUUUGUUGAAGACCUGGAGCAUGUGGACCGAGCUAGCAGAGUGUCUGCAGAGAAUCUGGAAAAGAGCCUAAGGCAGAUGGAGAGGCAGCUGCUGCAGCUGGAGAGAGACCUGGAGACUUUCUCCUCCCCCGAUGACCCCAACGACAUGUUCUUCACUAAAAUGGCUAGCUUCAGCAAAGCUGCUCGGGAGCAGUAUGGCAAGUUGGUGAUAAUGCAUAGCAAUAUGGAGACGCUAUAUCAGAAUGUGCUGGAGUACUUUGCUGUCGAUCCCAAGAAGACCUCUGUGGAGGAGCUGUUCACCGAUCUCAGCAACUUCCGCUCCAUGUUCGCUCAAGCACUGAAGGAGAACCUGAAGCAGAGGGAGUCAGAGGAGAAACAGAGGAGAGCACGGGCGGCAAAGGAGAAGGCGGAGCGUGAAAAGCAGGAGAGACAGCAGAAGAAGAGGAGGUUGCUGGAAGUCAAUGCAGAGAAUGAUGAGACAGGUGUGAUGGAUAGUUUGCUGGAAGCCCUACAGUCAGGAGCUGCAUUCAGAGACCGCAGGAAGAGAGCGCCAAGACCCAGAGAUAACCAACAGAAGACGAUCAGCCCCAGCUCCUUCCGACAGGUUCUCAGGCCUGUUAACCAUGAAAACAACAAGGCACCUUUACAAAGGUCUCGCUCUCGGCAGAAUAUAAAUGUGGGUUCAGCGGUGGUGAAAGCUCCCCCUGCCAAGGAGGCCCAUAACGAGACUGAGGGCCAUCCGUCUGCAGCCCGGUCCAAGGCCGCUGUGUGUUCGGAGUCGGGCCGCCGGUACAGGAACCCCCCGGGUCACAGCUGCUGGCUGGACCGAGAGAGGGUGGUGGAGAGAGAGAUGGUUAAACCGACUGAGAAACAGAUGGAGGUAGAUGCAGAGCCUCCAUCUGCGGUCAGCAGCUGUAGCACCAAUGGAGAGUCGGAUGUAGAGGCUCUCCUGGCCAAACUCAGGGCCUUGUGAGGUUUGUUUUCACAUUAGCACAUUAUUUCUGAAAUGGCAUACUGUGCACAUCUCAACGUACUCUGAAUGUGACCUAAAUGAUUUUCCAAUUUUCUAAGCAAGAAAAUUUACUUAUUAAGACACAUUAAAGACUUGUCAAGUGUUAACAUUAAAUGAGGAAACAAAUCCAUUUUUGAGGCUUUGUUAAAAAAAAAAAAAUUGUAAAAGUAAAUUGUAAACUCUUAACGCUUGAUGGUACAGACAUAAAACCCCUUC